AUGACUGCGGUCGCUUCUCCGCCUAGCGUGCAAUCGGGGCCUCGUCUAGGAUGGUAUGCUGCUGGUAAAGGAGGACAAGCGGCGCUGACUUCAAUGAACGCGGAUGACGUGUCCCGAAUGUUCAUGCCACGAAAAGGUGUCCAGAGAUCGAAUUCUUCUUCCUCGUUGGCGUCAUCUACGUCGACAUCGUUCACGUCUACUGUUUCGCACCACAGUAAUGCUGGACAGAGCGCCAACGGCGAUUCGACUACUUGGUCCUCGAAGAAAAAGCCUGGUCGGGGUCUGUGGCCCAGCUCGAAAUCAGAGCCAGUCUCUGGUGUAACGAAUGCUCGCUCCCAGGCUGUGUCAGCAUCAACGUCAUCCUCAGGAGGGCCUACGGCCUCGUCGGCCAUGUCUGCCAUUCAUCAACCCUCGCCUAUAGUCCCGUCUCAUAUGGGCCAGUCCGCUCAGCAGAAUUGUAUUCGUUCCGGUGGUGGCAUUCCAUCUAACGAUCCACCCGCCAUUCUCACUCUAGUCCCGCUCAACGGUACCUUUGAGAAGAAACAGAUCACGGUUCCUUAUUUCCCCGAAGUCUUACGGAUUGGCCGACAGACGAAUGCGAAGACUGUCCCAACGCCAGUGAAUGGGUAUUUUGACUCGAAGGUGCUCUCCAGACAGCAUGCAGAAGUUUGGGCGGACCGAAGUGGGAAAAUCUGGAUUCGAGACGUCAAGUCCUCGAACGGCACCUUCGUCAAUGGGCAGCGCCUCUCACCCGAGAAUCGUGACUCGGAACCUCACGAGCUACGCGAAAACGACACGUUGGAGCUCGGAAUCGAUAUCGUCAGUGAGGAUCAAAAGUCGAUCGUCCAUCAUAAGGUAUCCGCGAAGGUCGAAUAUGCCGGGAUCUACGGGGCAAGCCCAAAUAUUCUCGACCUGAAUUUCGGAGAUAUUGAUCCCACUUCUGGCGGUGGCCUCCUUCCCUCCCCUCUCAGCCAACCGCUUUCACACCUGCGUGGACGAUCAAGCAGUUCAUCAAGCAACCGCAGCGCCCAGAGCGCUGCUGGGAACCAGAUGAAUGCGCUCCAUCAACAACGGCAAAUGAACUACUGGCAUGCUCCGAUCACCAUUGAACAAAUUGUUAAGAGGCUUGCGAGUGAGAUGAAACAAGCUAAACAGCAGUCCCAAGAUCUCCGUCAGACUGACGAGUUCUUGCACUCGCUGAUUUCGCAAGAUACUUCGGAGAAGGAGAAGCCUAGUAGCAAAAUAUCUGGGUCAGAGAAUAAUCCCUCCCGGCAGGUGAAUGGGAGGCCUAAGAUGCCACGGGUUGAUCCCAUCUCACGGUUCUCCGACCCUCCCGCACCUCCGCCUCAACAACCUCUACCUGAAAAGCCGGAUGCACCGCGUCGUCAAAGCCAAGAGGCUCCCAAUGCUCCUUUGAAGCGCUCUGACACAGAAAAGCCGACGAAGGUCGGAACGGCGAAUUCUCCAGUCUCACGCGAAUCGAGUCAGAUUCUAUCUCUCAUCGAAGCUUUGUCUUCUGCAAAGAAGGAACUAGAUGCUCAAGGCGCCCGCGUCAAGGAAUUGGAAGAUCUCUUACGCCAGGAACGCUCAGCUCGUGAGAGUGCGGAGGAGAGAGCCCGGAAACUCGAGGAGCACACUGCCAAAGAUGCCAAAGAUGCCAAAGAUGGACAGCGCUCCAAAGUGGAGGCUGCCUUUGAACCACCACCCGUGGAUCAAGCAGACAAGAUUGUGGCAGAGGAGCCAAAGGCUGAGAAGGUCUCUGAAGUUAACGAUGUCAAAGAACCUGUCGAGACGGCGCAAUCUGAAGUGAAGGAUGAGAAAACGUCUUUCCUCGAAGCUCAUAGCCAGCAACUGCAGCAGCGUCUCGACUCGAUGGUGAUAGAGUUGGCGGAGAUGAAACAGCAGGUUGAAAUCUUCAAGCAACGAGCAGAGAAAGCUGAAGAAGAAACCGUCGAAGUACGGAAAUCUCUUUCUGAGAUGAUUGAGACUUUGCGUCGCGAACGCGAGGCUGCGCAGGCCGCUGUUACGAAAUCAAACGAUGAUCUUUCGCAGGAUUCCCAUGAACCUUCUACAUCAGAGAAAGAGGUGACAUCCUCCGAUGGAUCGGAUUCUGUUGUUCAGUCUCAGCAUGGUGUCAACCCGGCCAACAUCAAGGAACUUGAGAACACGGCAACAGCACUUGCGACGAAAAGGCGUAGACACCAUCUCCUGGAACAGUCUACUCCUUAUGCGUCGAUGCUUGGUGUCGUUCUUCUUGGUGUUGGUCUGAUGGCUUACCUGAAUGGAUGGCAGAAGAUAGACAAAUAA